AUGGUUGAGGAUGUAAAAAAGUCAAAUCGCUAUGUUGAGGCAACUCGAAGCAGAGAUUGGCGAAAAGCCACAGAAGAAGAAAUUCAAGCUCUGCACCAGAACGAAACUUGGGAGUUAGUGCCAAAGCCUCGAGAAGUUCAACCUAUUUCUUGCAAAUGGGUAGACAAAGUGAAGACUAGACCUGAUGGUACCAUUGGAAGGUACAAGGCACGACUGGUAGCUCGAGGAUUUUCUCAGCAAUAUGGGCUAGACUACGAUGAAAUGUUUAGUCGAGUUACCAAGAUUACUACAGUUCGUGUUUUAAUAGCACUUGCAGCUAGUAAUUCUUGGAAGCUCUGA